GUGUGUUUGGGCUAAACCGCGGCCUGUGAUGUCUGUUCCCGUUGAUGGCAGGUUUUCAGCGCCAUUGUUGAAAUAGGAAAGGAGCAGCUUUGCAGGAUUUGCUUCCAAGCUUCAUUGACAAAGAGGCAGCUUCUUAAAUGAGCGGAUGGUGCCAUGGAUUUACUGAAAGAACUGAAAAGUAUGCCUAUGACGUUGGACUUGCUGCAGUCCACCCGCAUUGGGAUGUCGGUGAAUGCCCUGAGGAAGCAGAGCACAGAUGAAGAAGUGAUAUCGCUUGCCAAAUCCCUCAUCAAGUCCUGGAAAAAACUUUUAGAUGCUUCUGAGGAAAAAAGUGAGGAGAAGAAGAAAAGCCUGUCCUUGCCAACAUCUUCCUCGAAGGAGACUGGUAACUCGAGAGACCAGAGCUCCAACAAAAGGCAGGAGCCUCCGAAGACUCCGACCACCCCCAAAAUCACCACCUUCCCUCCAGUGCCCAUCACCUGCGACGCCGUCCGCAACAAAUGCAGAGAAAUGCUGGCAGCGGCUCUGCAGGCUGAUGAUGACUACAUUGCCAUUGGUGCCGACUGCGAGCACAUAGCAGCCCAGAUUGAAGAGUGCAUAUACCAAGAUGUCAAGAACACCGACAUGAAGUACAAAAACCGCGUGAGGAGCCGCAUCUCGAAUCUGAAGGACUCCAAAAAUCCUGAGCUGAAAAAGAACGUGCUGUGUGGGGCGAUCACCCCCGAGCAGAUCGCGGUGAUGACCUCGGAGGAAAUGGCCAGUAAUGAGCUGAAGGAAAUCAGGAAAGCCAUGACGAAAGAAGCAAUCCGGGAGCAUCAGAUGGCCAAGACGGGAGGGACGCAGACUGACCUCUUCACCUGUGGGAAAUGCAAGAAGAAGAACUGCACCUACACCCAGGUGCAGACCCGCAGCUCCGAUGAACCCAUGACCACCUUCGUCGUGUGCAACGAGUGCGGGAAUCGCUGGAAGGUAGCGCACCAAGGAUAUUACUGGCACUGA